AUGGGCCGCUUCUUGUUCAGCAUAAUUUUCGCUUUUUUGGGUUACAUUAGAGCUGCCGACCCAGCGUUUCCUACGAUAAAUUUGUCAGAAGACAACCCUAGCUAUGCGCUACAUGGGAUAUCGCUGAAUUACUACCAGCAAGUAACGAUAAAUUCAUGUACAAGCUGCAGCUUGAUCUUUGAUGUUACUGUUCGGAAUGUUACUGGCAGCAUCUUCAGCUAUGACACGACGAUGUUGAUGGAUUGUGUAGACGACACAUUAAACGAUGGUAUCGACAACAUGACCCGAUGCAGUUGGACAUACCCCAAAAACAGUGCCAUACUCCGGAUUGGAAGCCCCAGCAGCUACGAGUUUGGCGUUAGUGUCAGGGUCAAGGAGUGGACGGAAGAUUCCUUUGACGUUCUUCUCUUACCGGUCCACUCAUACUUCAACGACUCUGUUCCCCUAUCGACAUCUACGCUCACGGUCGGGUCCAAAACUAGUGCUCGAGGUACGGUGGCUUUAUUCACGGCGCGUGAUCCUAAACGACCCUUCACGUUUUUAUUGUCGACCGCCGUGACUCCCGACAGUUGCGUCUAUGAUGUUGUAGCUGGGGGGCUUCCGGCCGGAAAUGGCAACCCGACCAAUCUGUUGCAAAGGGUAAAUGCUACUACCAAUUUGCUGAAGUCCCGCAUCCUAUCCACCGCAUUUUCAAUUGUCGUACCGGCCGGCUGCGAAGCCAAGUUCGAAAUCAUCGAUUAUAAUCCGUCUGACUGGAUCCUCUUCAAACCGGGCAGUUUCUUUAUAACGUCCCCGAAUUACCCAUGGGUUUUCGACGAGGGCCUUGAACUUGGAAACGAGCCGUAUACGCAGCAAUUGCUGCAAGACGGAUACCUCGACGAGCUGACCGUCGAUUUUUGGAUCGACAAAGUUGAGGGCGGUUCCUUGAAACUGGAGCUUUUCGAAAUGACGCAGCAGGGAACCGUCUGGAACGUCAUGAAUGCCACGUUUGACGAUAAAACAGCAAACGCGAACCUGACGGGUCAAGUGGGGCAACUACUCAGGGCUUCUUGGGAACCAAAUCCGGGCGCGAUGAGGAAAGGCUUUUUGCUUCGUGGAGUUUCAUACGAUUUGCGACGAGCCCCCACGGCGUGGCCGAUUACGGGCGAUCCCACUUCGACGAUGCCUUCCUUGACAUCUGAAAAACCGGGAGCCUCGACUUCCGCUAUUUAC